ACAAACUCGUGCUUCUUUAUUUGAUUUUCUUUACCAUCUUCUUUUCGACUUUCUCUCUUUGGUUGGAACUGAAAUCUCAAUCUGUUCAAAAUAAAGUUGAGCAGCUAGCAUGGAGCAAAACCAGCAUGGUCAGCCAGGAAAAGGAAUCGGUUCUGCUCCUGCACAAGAAGCACAUAACAAGAACCAAAAUCAGUCCAACCCUAACAAUCCUCCUAUUCAGACCGUUGGUUCUUCUGUUCCUUCAUCCUAUGGUCUCCGAUGCAAUUACCGACACCAGCAACAGCAGGAUCAGAUGGAGGAAAAAGUGAAGAGCUUUUGGGCACAACAACGGAAGGAAAUUGAGGAGAGCACUGAUAUAAGGAGUCAACACAGUGUGCCUCUGUCGAGGAUUAAGAAGAUCAUGAAGACUGAUCCAGAUGUGAAGUUGGUUGCAGCGGAGACUCCUGUGGUGUUCUCCAAGGCCUGUGAACUGUUCAUAAUGGAGCUCACAAUGAAGGCUUGGGCUAACGCCGAGGACAACAAUAGGAGGACAAUCAAGAAGUGUGACAUUGCAUCUGCAAUCGCAAAGACUGAUGUGUUUGAUUUUCUUGAUGAUAUUGCUCCCCUUCCUGGGAAUCACAAAAACACAGUGAUGGAUCCAUUGGUUGCAGGCAAUGCUCCAACACCAACCCAGAAUGUUCCUUAUAUGCCACCUCCUCAACAUGUUGCAGGCCCACCACCACCCUAUGUUGCUCCUACAACUCUUCAUCAGCAAAACCCUCCUCCUAGUUCAGAUGAUUGAACAAAAUAAAAGGUAUUUGGUGAAAACAAUGGUCUUUUCUUAAUAAAAGUUGACAUGGAAAACAUGUCAUGCAGAAUAAAAACACCCGAAAGACAAACUCAUGAGGGGUAUUUUACAUUGGAUUUUGUAGUUUUGGUGUGGAUUAAAUAUAAAUGUGUGGAACUAUAUAUAUAUUUUUUCAGAUUUGAU